UGAUAAGACAUACUAUUUUUCAGGUGGUGUUGUUUUAGGGGAAAAGGAGCGUAUUAUGGAACGUAGAUAAACUGUUUAAGCCGAUGUAAAAACUGCUGAAAAAAUAACACUUCAUCAAAUGAUUAGGCGUUUGAUUAGUUAUACGUCAACGUCAGAUCUGAUCUGACAUAACAUAACACUUCCACUUUGAUUUGAUUGAAUGCAAGCGGGUAGUGAUAGCAAUGCAAUCUGUAUAAAUAUUUCACGAAUUAUCAUACAAAACACAUAAGCUGUAUAUGUAUAGGGUCCUACAUAAAGCAGAAAAAUGACUUUCUUCGAAGACACUUUGAUAAUCCUGAUUUCUCAGACGGUGUUCUUUGUAGGCGGUUGGAUAUUCUUUGUGAAACAAUUGUUUCGCGAUUAUGAAGUUCACCAUACGCUGGUGCAGUUAAUUUUUUCAGUGACCUUCGCAUUGAGCUGCACUAUGUUUGAAUUGAUCAUAUUUGAGAUCAUAGGAUACUUGGAUUCAAGUUCCCGCUACUUUCACUGGAACCUAGGACUGUACUCCUUACUGUUCAUGGUGAUUGCCCUGCUACCAUUUUACAUUGCGUACUUCUGCAUCAGCAACAUCAGAUUUGUGUCCCAGAACAUGAUAAGGCCACUAACAGUAUUUGUGUGGUUCAUCUAUCUCUAUUUCUUCUGGAAAAUUGGUGAUCCAUUUCCUAUAUUGAGUCCAAAACAGGGUAUAUUUUCGAUAGAGCAAGGUGUGUCGCGAAUAGGCGUCAUUGGAGUGACUGUGAUGGCUCUCCUCUCUGGGUUUGGUGCUGUUAACUAUCCAUAUACCUCUAUGGCUAUAUUUAUAAGACCUGUCACCCAAGCCGAUGUCCUAUCAAUAGAGAAGAAAUUACUUCAAACAAUGGACAUGAUAUUAGUUAAAAAGAAAAGGAUAGCACUAGCGGAAGCUAACAACGUCGGAGGGAGACAGCAAUAUGGCUUGUUGGACCAAGCAAAUAAGAACAAGGGAUUUUGGACGAAUAUUUUGUCGAGUGUUGGCAGCAUCGCCAAUCCGCUUAGUCAUAGCUCAGAGAACAUAACUCAGCUCCGCCAAGAAAUCGCCGCCCUCGAAGAGCUAAGUCGGCAGCUGUUUUUAGAAGCCCACGAUGCCAGAACGGCGCGAGAGAAGGCCGAAUGGUCCAAAACCUUCCAGGGGAAGUAUUUUAACUGCCUCGGUUACUUCUUCUCGCUCUAUUGCAUUUGGAAGAUAUUCAUUUCUACGAUAAACAUAGUCUUCGACCGCGUGGGUAAGAAAGACCCAGUGACCCGAGGCCUAGAGCUGGUCGUCCAUUGGCUCGGGCUCAGCAUCGAUGUCGCCUUCUGGUCGCAACACGUGUCCUUCAUCCUCGUCGGCUGCAUCGUGCUCACCAGCAUACGCGGCCUGCUGCUCACUCUCACUAAGUUCUUCUACGCGAUAUCAUCAUCGAAGUCAUCAAACAUCAUCGUGCUAAUACUCGCACAAAUCAUGGGCAUGUAUUUCUGUUCGUCAGUCCUACUGAUGCGAAUGAACAUGCCACCUGAGUAUCGCAUCAUCAUCACGCAAGUGUUAGGUGACUUACAGUUCAAUUUCUAUCACAGGUGGUUCGACGUCAUUUUCUUAGUUAGCGCGCUUACUAGUAUAUUCACGUUGUAUUUAGCGCAUAAGCAGCCUUCGGUCAGCUAGCUUGACUGGUAGGUUUAGGCAUGUUACUUAUUUAAAAGUCAGCAGUGAAUGCAUUACUUAUGCGCUUAGAAAUUUCAGGACAUUGCCUGUUAGCGUCAUGUGAAGAUUUUUUUGACUGUGUACGGAAGUAAAUGAUACCGACACUGACUAUGUGCACAGUUUAAGAAGGCACUGAACUGAAGUUUGGUUAAGAAUUUAAGUAACUUUGUUGUACAUAUCCUAACUUAUAUAAUAUCAUAUUUUAAAAUAGGUUAAAAAUCAAUUCAUGUUGUUAGUUACUCGUACUUUGUAUAAUAUUUUCCUUAACACAUUCAGUGCCAAUAACACAUUGAUUUGUUCAAAUUUGGCGCAAAUGGGGCGCUUGGCACAGAAAAUGUUAAUUUCACCUCUCAGGUACAAAAGCAACCAAAGUAGUAAAUGACAUUGAUUGUUCAAAAAUUGAUCGAGUUGUAAAGCAAUUUUUUCUUUGUGAAAUCAAUCAUAUUAAACAGAGAUUGCCUCAUUAUUAUUAUUGUGCUGGGUAACUUGCAGUUUAACUUUUAUCGUUGACGGUUCGCUACAAUUCAGUAAAAUUUGUUCGUUUUAUAAAAAAAAGUGUGAAACAUGAUAUGAUGCAUAAAUUCCAGGGGGGGGGGGGGGUCUCACCGUAGCUGACAUUGUAAAUGUACCUAGUGACCUAAGUGCUAUUGUUGUAAAAAAUAACUAGAAUUACUUUCGUUAGUACAGGUAAAGAUAAUUUGUAAUGGAGGUGUAUUGUCAAAGAAAACUCUAGCCACGUCAAUUUACUGCCAUCUCUCAACACUUUCAGAACGCCAUUUGACUUUGAUCCUUAUUCUUUCACUGAUGUAUUAAAUUUGUUAAAUAUCAAAAAAUGCCGCCAUCUUACCGGGCACAACCUAAAGGUUAUGUACGGCGCCUUCGCUGGAAACGAUGUCGCUAUACCUUUGGCCUUCGAUCUAUUAGAUGGCGCCACUUUUUGAUAUCUAAAAAAAUUAACACAUAGGUAUCAGUGUAAGAAUAAGGAUCAAUAGUCGAAUCGCGUUCCAAAGGGGCCCACUGAUUAACAGUCCGCCAGACUAUGGAAGGUAGGAAUAGAAACUCCAUAUACCAAAAAGUGUCCGACAAAAAACCAUAAAUAGGUGGCGCUACAAUACCUAGAAUACGUCACUCCGUCAAUAACUUUUUGCGUCUCUCCACUCACUGAGGCGUCCUCAAAAUUUCCUUCCUCUUCAAACCAAAAUAACUCUCGCUUGUUCACUUUUACUCCCGUUGUUAGAUUACGCUGAUACUGUUUUCUUGGACCUUAGUGAGGAGUUACUGGACAAACUCGAGCGAUUGCAAAAUAUUUGUAUUCGAUAUAUUUUCGGUCUACGUAAGUUUGAUCAUGUAUCCCAGUUUCGAUCUCAGCUUGGCUGGCUUCCGAAUCGUCGUCGACGAGAUGGGCAUGUCCUAUCAUUGC